AUGAAUGGUGACCAACAGCAGGUGCAGCUCAGCCCAGCUGUGGCUGCUUCUCUGCUGCUCUUCUUGGAGGAGGAAGAUGCCUUCUGGAUGAUGUGUGCUAUCAUCGAGGAAUUGGUUCCUGCCUCCUAUUUCAGUACCACUCUCAUGGGCGUGCAGACAGACCAGCGUGUCCUGCGGCAGCUCAUCGUGCAGUACUUGCCUCGCCUGGACAAGCUUCUGCAGGAGCAUGACAUUGAGCUCUCCUUGAUCACCUUGCACUGGUUCCUCACCUCUUUUGCUAGUGUUGUCCACAUCAAGCUGCUGCUGCGUAUUUGGGACCUCUUCUUCUACGAGGGCUCUCUGGUGCUGUUCCAAGUCACUUUGGGCAUGCUAAGUAUGAAGGAGGAUGAGCUAAUCCAGUCAGAGAACUCCGCCUCCAUCUUCAACACGCUGUCAGACAUCCCAAGUCAGAUUGAAGACGCAGACGUGUUGCUGCGCGAGGCCAUGCGCGUGGCUGGCUCGCUGACAGACGUGGCGGUGGAGACCCAGCGCCGCAAACACUUGGCCUACCUCAUUGCUGAGCAAGGGCAGCUGCUCAACUCCAGCACCACCGUCAACAACUUAUCCAAAAUCGUGCGGCGCAGGACUCAGCGCAGGAAAUCUGGCAUCACCUCUCUGCUUUUCGAGUGAAUUCAGAUGUAGUAGUAACUUGGACAGGAGUCACAGAAGCACAGGAGCAUUGUUUAGAAGAGACCUCUCGCUGUCUGUGUUCCAGCAUCUCCUGCUCGAAGCCAGGCUCUUGCUCA